GGUUCGACUGGAGGUUAAGCACUUGAGAGUUUCCCUGAUGGGGUUUAUUGAGGCGUUUGUUUCAGCUCAGAGGGGAAGCUACUGUGCAGCCUGUCAUAUGACCAACAGGAAUGGGCUGUUUUGUUUAUGUUCUGGUCUCGCUCCCUCUUUAGGAACCGUGAGUUUCAGGAAAUAAACUGCAGAACGUCGGGGAGGCGAGUGGGAGUCUGAAAAAUCGAGUUAUUUAUUGAGGAAAAAACACAAGAGAGAGAGAGAAACAGAAACAGAUAGAUGGGAGAACUGAAGGGUCACCCUCUCACUGGGGAGAGCAGCAAGAACUUCCUGCUGGUGGACGAGAAUGAAACGUUACAGGUGCCGGAUGAGGAGAGUUUUGUGAAGAAACUGGGAGUGCCGGGAGACCAAGCCAUCAAGGUCCUCUCCAUCUUCGGCAAUACGGGGGAUGGGAAGUCUCACACCUUGAACGCCGCCUUCUUCGGCGGCCGGGAGGUGUUCCGCACCUCGGACACCCAGGACUCGUGCACGGUGGGCGUGUGGGCGGCCUAUGAGCCAUCGCUGGGCCUGGUCCUGCUGGACACCGAGGGCCUGCUGGGAGCCACCAGUAAACAGGACCGCCGGAGGCGUCUGCUGCUGAAGGUGCUGGCCGUCUCCGACCUGGUAGUGUACAGGACGCGGGCUGAGCGGCUGCACAACGACCUCUUCUGUUUCCUGGGCAACGCCUCCCGGGCCUACCUCCGCCACUUCAGCCAGGAGCUGCAGGCCGCGAGCCAGCGCCUGGGGCUAGGAGUGCCGAUGUCCAGUCUCGGACCAGCCCUCAUCGUCUUCCAGGAGACCUCCAACACCAAGCUGCUGGGUGGUGACUCCCAGGCUCCAGGGAAUGCAGAGCAGCUGCUGCAGAAGAGGUUCCACCAGCUUGGUUUGAGCACGGAAACGUUCAACUCCGUCGAGUAUGUUGGCACACAGACCACGAGCCCCCCCACCGAUUUCUCUGGGUUCCUGGAGGUGGUGCGUCAGAGAGCAAACAGCACUUUGACCCGCUGUCGGAGAUCACCCGCCAUUGUCUACAAUGUGUUAAAGGCUCUGAGUAUCAGAUUCAACGGUGAGAUUAAAGACAGCAGGAUGGUGGCCGACUGUUUCUUCCCCGAUGAGUACUUCAGCUGCUCCAGAGUGUGCCUCUCCUGUGGGGCUCACUGUACCAACAGCAUGAACCACUUGAAGGACAAUGUCCCACACCAGGCAACGGGGAGAUGUCGCUACAUGCACCAGUACAAUAACAAGGUGUUAAUCUGCAGGGUGUGUUACGAACGAGGCUGGGAAGUAACUGUCAACCCCAAAACCUCCGCAUCGACGGACAGCAAGUGGUUCGGACUCGCGACCUAUGCCUGGUCAGGGUAUGUUCUGGAAUGUCCAAACUGUGGGGUUAUCUACCGGAGCAGACAGUACUGGGUUGGAAACCAAGAUCCCGAGGCCUCAGUUGUACGUCCUGAACUGAAACACGUCUGGCAAGGGGCGGACCCAUUCCUGAGACCGAACCACAACGGGGCGCAGCGAGUGCUGGACGGUGUCAGCUUUAUGAUCCAGUCGGUCUCCGAGUACAGCGCACGGCCAAGCAAAGCCAUCAGCUCCUGGCUGACCGAUCGAGUGGCCCCGGAUUACUGGAGGCCCAACACCCAGAUCACGGAGUGCCAUCAGUGCAAGAAACUUUUCGAGGAGGGGGACCGUAAACAUCACUGCCGUGCGUGCGGAGAGGGUUGCUGUGACGCCUGCUCCAGUAAAAGCAUGCCAGUCCCGGAGCGAGGCUGGGGGUCCGCUGCCGUGAGAGUGUGUGACAAUUGCUUCAGGACAGCGGGGGAAAGCACAGGAAAAGAGUUAGAGUCAGCGAGAGAAGGCAAAGGAUUAUUGGCUCGCAGAAUUACCGAGGUGGCACAGAGCACUCUAGAUACGAUGACUUCAGCAGUCGAAUAUCCGCUUGGGUUUGUUAAGGAAGUGGCAAGGCCUGAUUAUUGGGUGCCAGAUCACGAGCUGGUCAAGUGCCACCGCUGCGCGAAGCCCUUUUCAGGCACGACGGCCAAGCACCACUGCCGAGCCUGCGGCCUAGGCAUCUGUGGUCAGUGCUCCCCGGAGCUGAGGACUGUGCCAUCUCGGGGUUGGCACCACCCAGUCAGGGUCUGUCUGGACUGUAGCGAGCAGAAAGGGGAGCUCUGAGGCCCAGCCCCUUCACUCGAAGCCUUGGUCACCUGUGUGAGCGAGUCACUGAGGACCAUCUCCUCGAGGGGCAGGAUCAGAGUCUGAUUCCAGGGAAGGUUCACCAGGCGUUCUACACCCUCCCUCGGCUAAUCUACAUCCGGUUCCUGCUGGUUAAAACCACAAUAAGGACGACACGUUGUCUGGGCCACUCAUGUUGACAUUGGCCUGAGGGACAAAUAUGGCCGACAGGCCUGGACAUCGCCAACUCUGGACAUCGAUCCUGGAGAGUCUGUCAUGUGACUUAUUGUCCUUUCACACUCUCCCCUAGUAUCCUACUAUUGGCUGAUUUACACAUCAAUCAUCUUGACCUCUUCCUCCCACAGCCAAUCAGAGAGUGAGCACACCCUUUCUCUGCACUGAUUGGCCAACACUCCAUUUCAGUCAAGCUGCCUUCCACUUAAUUCAUCUCAAAAUAUUAAAUGAAAGUCAUUAGUGAAUGUUGAAGAUUAAUUUGUGUGAAUGGUUGCCCCAGAAGUUAAACUUCAACCUUCAGGAGCCUUAGUGAUGUGUAGAUGAAAGGAGUUUGUGCAGAUAAUUAUUCGUUUUUCUUAAAAAUUGACUAAUCAGAAUCUACUUACCUGGUCUGUGACUGACGAUUGACAGUUAACUGCCCACAGCAACCCUCUGACCAACCAGAAUCCACUUUGCCUGUUCAGUGAAUGAAGAUUGACAAUUAACUGCUCUUGCCAACUCUCCAGGUUAGUGACUGACCAACCAAUCAGCACCCUCUGCUCAUGAUGUAUAAAAGGGUUUCACAAACAAAAACAGGAAUUGCUGGAAGCGCUCAGCAGAUCUGGCCGAGUCUGAGGAGAGAGAAAUUGGGGUUAAAGUUUCAGGAGAACGGUCAAGUCUGUCUGUUAUUUCCUCGUCCUGACCGCUGCAAGGCAACUUGUUUGGCCGUCUUCUCUGAUUUCAGCAACGUUUAAACAUAUAGAUGACCUUAUCCAGGCUGGAACCAUUCAUCUGUCGGUGUGCUACACCUUCUCUCUGGUUUCCAUAUUCUUCCUAAAGCCUGACCCCAGUUUUUAUUUAGCAUUGGCUGAGCAGCUGAAGCUGAGCUCCGUAUUGCAGGAUGUAAUAAUUAAGACGAGGAGGAUACGACAGAAGAUACAUGGAAAUACAUUGCCGUCUCUUCAGUAUCCCUGGAAUUCCCUCCCUAACAGCCACCUUCCUGAGGGGCAAUUAGGGACGGGCAAUAAAUACUGGCCCAGCCAGUGACACUCUUGUCCCAUGAACUAAUUUUAAAGUUUGUAAGCACUUUUGUUUCAAAAUGUUUGACAAUGCGCUUUCCUUUUGAGGAGGUUUGCACAGUCUUUGACACUUUGCAAGGGGAUUUUCCAAGUCUGUACCUCUCUGUCCUUUUACUGACCACCCACCAGGGUCUGUGACCAACAGCGGUCGUGAGAGCAUUUCGAGAUGGGCGUGGGGUUAAGCCCCAACAGUGGGUCAGGCCAGACUAGUUGACUUGUUCUCUCGGCAUCCUGUUUAAAGUUAAUUCCCUCAAACAGAGGUAAUCCAGACCAAUCAUCACAGCAGAACAACAGUACAGAAAUCGUGAAGCACUCCAUGGUUGAAUAGCCUUGUGAUUCUCAAUGGCCAGCUCUGGAGCCUGGGUAUCCUGAGGUUUGUCAUGGAAGAGGGUUAUGUCUUCAGAGGGAACAGGAGACCAUGUUACUGAACACAAGCUGGACAUCAGUUUGAAAAUUGAUGCUGUUUAGUGUCAGUUAAUGAGUGGAAGGUUAGAGCGGUUUUAAUUCAUUCCUAAACAGCAUCAGCAGACCUGCCCAAUAAAAUGCAGUUAGUGAGGAUAAUUCCAAACAAAUUGUGUUCUGAAAAUGAACCACAGCCAAUGACAGCAGCAUGUGGGCUCCAAACAUCAUUGACAUUAAAGAUGAUCCAGUCUCUCCCUUUCUGUAUUGAUUUAAAAGCAUCCGACUGUGUGAUGGUGCAGUCUGUGUCGGAUUCUGUGACAUGUCAGAGAUUAGUUGUCAAUCUUUGAUGCCCAAAGUCUGAAUCAAUCUGGAAAAAAAAUGCACCCCCUUCAUUAAAAAGGUGAGACUUUGA